CUCUUUUCUCCUCUUUGGUUUUUGAAGCCUUGAAAGCGCUUCUUCUUCUUCUUCCGCUCCUAUACCUCUCCUCUCUCUCGUAGCCGUUGCUUCCCGCGUUGAAACUGCCAGAGAGACGUUGCUUCCCGCGUUUUCCAUCCCGCCCGCCCUUUUCCUCAUGCGUACAAGCCAUUCUCAAACUCUCCGCCAUUUUAUUUUUCCUUCCUUUUUUAUUUAUUUAUUUUAUUUAUAUUUCUUCCUUGUUCAUCUCUUUCUCUCUCACGUUUCCUUCUGAAAUUUCUCUUCUACCUUCUCUCUCUCUCUGCAUUGCUUAAAAAUCCCAUCUUUUUCGCUUUCUCGCCAAUUCCACUGCUCUUUCCAAGCUUCUUUUCCCUGUAGAUUUUCUUCGUAAGAUCGAAAUUUCGGGUUUUUAAAUCGAUUCAGAGAAGGUUUGUUUUUCUUUAUUCGUCUUUUCUCUUGGAGGAAGUAGAGGAUCCAAGAGGGACUUUUGAAUCGUAGAAUCGCGUUGUGGAAUUUGGGGGUUCGGUGCUCACGGGCUUUGCAUUUGAAUCUGGCAUUUUCUGAACGAAAUCAGAACCUUUUCCGGAUAGAAAGUGAAAAUUUUUAGCUAAGUUCUGCUGAAAUUCGGGCUUUUCGUAUCUGGGUUUGGAAGCAAAGGCUCCAACAGGGGCAUUUUCAGCUGCAAUUUGGCUUUUUCAGCUAAAACAUUUGGGUUUUGUUCUUGAUCUCUAUCUUUCCUCAUUUGGGUCUGAAUCUACCGCAAUGGGAGGGCAAUUCAGCAAGAAAUCAGGCGAAUCCCCGCCCGUUCUCCAUAUCAACGACAAUCUCCCUUACACGGCCGAGCUGAGCUCCUAUGAAGCAGCUUGCCGCCUUGACCCUGAGUUGCAGUCCUUCGACACCACCCUCCAGGCCCGGACGAACCGCGUCAUUAGCACCCUUGCCAUCGGUGUCGAGGUCCGCUCCCUCUCCUUUGAUUCGCUCAAGGAAGUCACCGGCUGCCUCCUCGAGAUGAAUCAGGAAGUCGUCAAGGUCAUCUUGGAUUGCAAGCAAGACAUAUGGAAGAACCAAGAGCUGUUCGAUCUCGUCGAGGAGUACUUCGAGAACAGCCUACAGACAUUGGACUUCUGCACUGCUUUGGAGAAAUGCCUGAAGCGGGCCCGCGACAGCCAACUGAUCCUACACGUCGCCCUCCAGCAGUUCGAAGAGGAGGGCGUCGAAGGGCGGAAGUAUUCGAGGACGUUGGAGGAAUUGAAGAAUUUCAAGGCGGCCGGUGACCCAUUUACAGAGGAAUUCUUUCAGGUCUUCCAAACAGUUUACAAGCAACAGGUAUCUAUGCUGGAGAAGCUACAGCUGCGGAAGAGCAAGAUCGACAAGAAGCUGAAAACAGUCAAGGCCUGGCGGAAGGUCUCGAGCAUUAUAUUCGCAGCGGCUUUCGCUGCCGUUCUGAUCUGCUCAGUUGUGGCUGCUGCGAUGGCAGCCCCGCCCGUUGCAGCUGCUCUGGCAGCUGCCACAGCCAUCCCUCUUGGGUCAAUGGGGAAGUGGUUCGAUUCCCUUUGGAAAGACUAUGAGGUUGCGCUGAAAGGUCAGAAGGAGGUAAUUAGCUCGAUGCAGGUGGGUACUUAUAUUGCAAUCAAGGACUUGGAUAGCAUUCGGGUGCUCGUCGAUCGGCUGGAGGUUGAGAUCCAGUCAAUGUUGCAGAAUGCCAGUUUCGCUCUUGGGGAAGAGGAGGCAGUGAAGUUUGGGGUGGUGGAGAUAAAGAAGAAGCUUGGGGUGUUUAUGAAGAGUAUUGAAGAUUUGGGCGAGCAGGCCGAUAAGUGCAGCAGGGAUAUAAGGAGGGCACGAACCGUCGUCUUGCAGAGGAUCAUAAAACAUCCGGGCUGAUUCGAAAAGAAAGCAUAUCUUGGUAUGCUCUCCCAAUUCCUCUUCAUACACUGAUAUAAAUUCAUGUGAUUUCACACACCUUAUUUAUAUAUGUUAUUUGAAGAUCACAAAACUGUGUUUGUUGGAUCCAUUGCUACGGAAUCCAUCUCUUUAUGAAGAAUAAUAGAAGAAAGAGUGACCAUGUUUAGGUCUAAAGAUCAAAUUGCCAAUAUUCUCACUGAAGCUGUUGCUUCUUUGCAUCUUCAGAAUGUAAUUUCCAAGCUGGGCAUGCUCGAUAUUUAUGCUCUAGCUUAAUGGGGAGCGUCUAUGUAUCUGGGUCUCCUGGUCGAUGGGUUUCUUCGCCCGUCUUUACACCUAUUAUGUAAUCAGGAUUUUUUAAUUUCUUAUUCUCUUAAUAAAUAGGGGUAUUUUUUUCUCUAA